CUGAGAGUUUUGGGGGUGCCCAGAGGUUUGGGGGAGAUGCAAGGAUCUGAGGACAGGGGGGAGGCCCAGAGAUUUUGGGUCUGGAGGAGACCCAAAGAUGUGGGGAAGACUUUUGGCUCUGAGGGGAGAACUUUGGCUCAGGGGGAGACUUGAAAGUUUUUGGGAAAAUUCAAAGACGUGGGGAAGAAGUUUGGCUGUGGGGGAGACUUUCGGGUCUGGGGGAGACCCUAAAGAUGUGGGGAAAACCCAAGGACGUGGGGAAAACCCAAGGACGUAGGGAAGACCUUUGGCUGUGGGGGAGACCCACAGGUGUGGGAGAGACCGCAAAGUUUUGGGGGAGCCACAAAGAUGUGGGGAAGACCCACGGACAUAGGGAAGAUCUUUGGCUCUCAGGAAGACCUUUUCUCUGGGCUCCACCCAAUGCCUCAAGGAGCACCCACGACUCUCAAGGCCUCAUGGGGCCCCCAAUCUGACUCCGGUCGCCCCCCCAGGUGACCGCAGCUACCCUCUGAAGACGUGGCUGAUGACCCCCAUCCUGUUCCCCUGCGGCCCCGCGGAGGAGCGUUACAACGCGCUGCACCACCAGGCUCUGUCCGCCCUCCGCCACACUCUGACCCUCCUGAAACGUCGCUUCCGCUGCCUGGACGCGGCGGGGGGCUGCCUGCAAUACGCCCCCCAAAAGGUCUGUCAGAUCUUCCUGGCUUGCUGCGUGCUGCACAACAUCGCCCUGCGUCGCCGGAUGCCGCUGGAGCCCCCCGACGGCCCCGAGCCCGACCCCGAACCCGAGCUGCCCCUGCAGGCUCCACACGUGCAGAUCUCCAGCGAAGCGCGGGCCGUGCGUGCUCGUAUCGUGCAGCAGGAACAGAACACGGAGGUGACACGCAGUGGGGCUGUGAGCUCUGCCUCACCGCCGCCCCAGCGCCGACUGCACGACGCCCCCCAUGGCGGCGGCUCUCCGGCCCUGCUGCAGCCGGUACAGCAUCUCCCCCCGGUCCCUCCGCAGCUUCUCCUCGUAGCUGCGUCCCCUCAGAGUCACCACGUCCCCAAAUUCCUCCCUCAGCCUCCUCAGCAUCCCCUGCAGCUCCUCCUCACAGCGCAGCACCUCCGCGUUCAGCCGUCGCCGCGCUCGCGUCUCCCCGUGGAGGGCGGCCGAGGACGGGAGCCCAGGGUGGCGCUGGCGCUGGAAGAAGCGGUUGGGGUCAGAAGCCUGGAGCUCCAUCCCUUCCAGCAGAGCCAACAGCCGCUCCCGUCUGCGGAUCAGAGCAGCUGCUUCUUCCCACAGCUCCAAAGCGGCCUUCAGUCGUCGCCGGGUGGCCGCCGGGCCGUAUUUGGUGGCCAUGGCCAAACGCUCGCCUGUGGGGAGCUGAAGGGCGGCCCAGAGGCGGUGCAGGCGGUGCUGCAGCUCCUCAGGUUUGGGUGUCGGAGCUGCAGGCCGGGGUUCUGCUGUCCCCAGAGCUGCAGGCCGGGGUUCCGCCGUCCCCCACGGGUGCUCAUCGCGCAGCUCCUCGCUGCCGGCCGCGCCGCCGAGGUUGAAGAUGGCGUGGAGGAAGUCGGAGCCGGCGGCGGUGAGGAAGUGCUGGUAGUCCUGCGGGAGGGCGGGGGGCUGCUGUGGUUGUUGCCGCGUUCUGGGGGUUUUCGGAGCCCCCCGGGGCCGCUGUCGGGAUUCCCCUGCUGUCAGAUUGAGGUCGGUGGCUGCCGGUUCCAGCAGCGGCUCCGCGUGGAGAGGCAAGGAGCGGGCGGGCAGCGCAGAGCCCAGCUGGGCGAGGAGAUCCCAGAGGGCCUCGGGGGGGGCUGGGGGGGGGCCGUGGGGAAACUCCACGGGCUGCAGUGCAGCGCGAGUGUGCAAGGGUUGUGUCACAUCGUGGGUGUGCAAGGGUUGUGUCACAGCGUGGGUGUGCAGUGGCUGUGUCACACUGGGGGUGUGCAGCGGCUGUAGCUCUGUGUCGCUGUGCAGU